AAGUAGCCACACACUCAUAACAAACGGCGUACAACCUACUUCUCUUGCCAAAUUAUGACAAAUUUUCCUAACUUGCCCCGUAAUUAUGGCCAUAAUACGGAACACGUUCGAUGUGUAUUCAGUCUGCUAUCUGAUCAAAGUUUAAAACCGGGACAGUUCAGACUUUUUUUCGUUAAUUUUAGCCACUUUGCUAACGUUUUUAGCGGGGUGUCAAGUUAGCCAAAACAGCUUAUGUGACAGUAACUUCAACUGGACUGAGAUUCAUACAAAGAGGACAAUGCCACGCUUGCAGUCUGGUGUGUGGAAGCAUUUUACUCCAGCCAUCAAAGAUGGGAGGGAAACCUUCAUGUGUAACUACUGUUCAAGGACUUACACGAAGAACGCUACGAAGAUGCAGAUGCAUUUGGACAAAUGCAAGGAAUACUCUGUGCUUUCACAGCAGUCACCAGGCCCAGAUGGGAGUUCCUCUGCCUCCAUUCCCGUUCCCUCUUUCUCAUUCUUACCAUCUGCCACUCCUGGGGGACAGUUCCUCAUUGAUUCAGUGGAUCAGCGCAGCCAGGCGUAUGCUGACGAGUGCCUGGCAAGGGCUAUAUAUGCCACUUCCUCACCCCUCACUCUCACAGACAAUAUUUAUUGGAAACGAUUUUUCAGUGUGCUCCGGCCCGCUUACUGUCCACCCACCAGAGAGGCUCUGUCCUCUCAUCUGUUGGACUGUGAGUAUGACAGAGUACAAAACCAGGUUCAUGAGGCAAUAGGGAAAGCAGACUGUGUCACCAUCAUCUGCAGCGGCUGGUCGAAAAUAAAAGAAAGUGGAACUAUCAUUUAUAUUGUCGCAACUCCUGUGCCGCUCUUUUAUAAAUGCACAAAGACAAAGGAGCAGACAUAUACAAGCACAUUCAUCGCUGAGGAACUGAAAGAUAUCAUAAAUGAAGUGGGGCCUCAGAAGAUCUUUUCUGUUGUCACUGAUGACUCCCCAGAAAUGAUGGCGGCUUGGGCUCAAGUAGAGGAAGCCUUCCCGCACAUAUCGGCGAUUGGCUGCACAGCAUGCAGGCAUCCAGCAGCUCUUUGACGACAUGGUGGCGCAGCCGUCUAUAAAGGCACUGUGCAGGAGAGCUGAGCAGGUGGUGAGGUAUGUUAGAGAGCGAGAAAUAUUAGCAGAGACCUUUAGAUGCUGGCAGACCACAAAGGUUAGAGACCACACCUCUAAUAGGACAACACUGGUGCUGCCUACUAGCUCUGACUGGACUGGUGUGCUUAACAUGUUCAGCAGCCUCCUGGAGGGUCAGAGCUCUCUACAGGAGAUGGCUGUCUCACCUGCACUAAAUGUUGAAGCAUCCAUCAGGGCCACGUUACAGGAGUCUGCAUUUUGGAAAGGGUUGCGUAGCAGUCACAACCUGCUCUACUUGAUUGGGAAUUCUAUUGAUUACAUGAAAAGAGAAGAUGCUGUACUCUCUGGUGUUGUUGACAUGUUCAGUCAGAUAAGAUACCACAUUGGAGCCUCCCUGUCUGGGUCAGUGCUGCACAGUGCUGAACAGAAAGCUGUCAUGGCAUCAUUAGACAGAUGUCAGGAGUUCUGUGUGAAGCCCAUCCACGCAGCAGCGUACAUGCUGGAUCCAAAGCAUGUUGGACAGCAGACACUCUCUGGAGAGCAGAUAAACAGUGCCUAUUACGUGAUAUCCAACCUGUCACACCAUCUAAAUCUUGAUGAGGGUAAAGUGCUCGGCAGCUUUGCCAGGUUCUCAGCCAAACAGGGACUAUGGAGGGGGGCAGGGAUAUGGAGCUCAUGCCAGCACGUGUCUGCAUCCACCUGGUGGAAAGGGCUGUGUUCCUCUGAGCCACUGUCCGCCGUGGCCUCUGCUAUACUCCAGAUCCCGUCCAACAACAGGUGCUUGUGAACGCCUACGAUCGCGUUUCUGCAAUACAAAGGUCCAAGGUUCUCUCUCAGCAGACAAGGUGCAGAAACUGGUGGCAGUACAGGUGAAUCUCAACCUUUUAGAGCCGAGUGAUUGUGAGUACGCACCGCUGGAGAGUGAGGAGGACAAGAAAGUUUCAUUUCAGUCAGAGACUCAGUAGUAAGACAAAAGGAGAAGAUUGUGAUUCUCAUUCAUUGAGAAGGAAAUGUGAAAAAUAGCCUUACAAGUCCUCAAAAUACAGACAGCUUAUUAAUCAACUGAAUGAUUAUAUUGAUCAAAUGUAAAUUUCUCACGGAAUCUGUGGUUAUAGUCUCAACUUUCUCAGCUUUGUUUGCACUUUGCUCACAUUCCUGUCUUCACUCAAAAGUCACUCAAAAGGAGUGAGUGAAACGGAUGCCUUCAUGUGUUGAAAACUUAUACAAUGUGUACUCGUAGUAAGUUUUUUUCAAAUUACAGUUUCAACUAGUAUGUACCAACUUUAUAAUCACAACAUGAAAUAUUAACAAACUAACAUGAGAUUGAAUCUUCUUUGUUAGACUGUUUACAUGGUGUAAAUAAAAACACUGUAUUUAUUGAA